UUCUGGGGUGGGACGUUAAUUGACACGCGCGGAGUGAAGCGCGCUCCUUCAUUUGGUGAUCAGCGCGAGAAGAUGGCGGACGGAGAUGCAGCUUUUAAAAAACAGAAGAAGCAAAGGAAGAAAAGCGGGGAAGGAAUUGGGAGCAUCCAACAGGAGACAGACUUUCUAAUCGAACCACAGACAAAAACAGUGAAACUAGACACAUCUCAUUGGCCUUUGUUGCUAAAGAAUUUUGACAAGCUUAAUGUGCGGACAACACAUUACACUCCUAUUCCAAAUGGCUGCUCACCACUUAAAAGGGAAAUUUCUGAAUACGUAAGGUCAGGAUUUAUUAACCUUGAUAAACCAGCAAACCCAUCUUCGCAUGAAGUUGUGGCAUGGAUACGCAGGAUUCUGCGGGUGGAAAAGACUGGUCACAGUGGAACGUUGGAUCCCAAAGUGACCGGGUGUCUAAUUGUUUGUAUAGAACGAGCAACGCGGCUAGUCAAAUCCCAGCAGAGUGCUGGCAAAGAGUACGUGGGAAUUGUUCGGCUGCACAAUGCUAUUGAAAAUGAACAUCAACUUAGCCGGGGCUUGGAGAUGCUGACUGGAGCCUUAUUCCAACGUCCACCUCUAAUUGCUGCUGUCAAGAGACAAUUAAGAGUCCGGACUGUCUACAAUAGUAAACUAGUUGAGUAUGAUCCAGAGAGACGGUUAGGAAUUUUUUGGGUGAGCUGUGAAGCAGGGACCUAUAUCAGAACACUGUGUGUACAUCUUGGCCUGUUGCUUGGAGUUGGAGGUCAAAUGCAGGAACUGAGAAGAGUACGAUCUGGUGUAAACAGUGAAAUGGAUAACAUGGUAACGAUGCAUGAUGUUUUGGAUGCCCAGUGGCAGUACGAUCACAACAAGGACGAGACCUAUCUGCGUCGUGUCAUCUAUCCCCUUGAAAAACUGUUGGUGACUCACAAAAGGCUUGUUAUGAAGGAUAGUGCAGUAAAUGCUAUUUGUUAUGGUGCCAAGAUUAUGCUUCCAGGUCUGCUGCGUUAUGAAGAUGGAAUUGAGGUGAACCAGGAGAUCGUUGUUGUGACAACAAAGGGCGAAGCCAUUUGUAUUGCAAUAGCAUUAAUGACAACAGCAGUAAUAUCAACAUGUGACCAUGGUGUUGUAGCAAAGAUUAAACGAGUGAUCAUGGAACGGGAUACAUAUCCACGUAAGUGGGGCCUGGGACCAAAGGCAAGCCAGAAGAAAAUGAUGAUUAAGCAGGGUUUGUUAGAUAAACAUGGCAAACCAAAUGGAAGUACUCCAGAAUCGUGGAAGAAGGACUAUAUAGAUUAUACUCGGGGAAGUUCAACAGCACCUAAUGAUGCAACCCAAACGCAACCAGUGAAGAGAAAGAGAGAGAGUGAAAGUGAAAGUGAUGAACCUGCAGUUUCCUCCACCCCCACAACACAACAAUUGACGCCUGAACUGGGCAAGAAAGACAAAAAGAAGAAGAAGAAAGAAAAGAAGCAAAAGUUGUUACAAGAAACAGAGGUUAAGCCCGAAAGUGAUAAUCCAGAGCCUACCUUGCUGACACCGAAGAAGGAGAAGAAGAAAAAGAAAAAAGAGGAAAAAAUUGGAGAAUCUGGGACUGGGAACACUGAAAGCUCUAAAAAGAAGAAAAAGAAAAAGGAAAAAAUUGAAUCAGGCGAGUGAUGGAGUCGCUCACCACAUCUGUGUUCAACAACCUUUCAUUGGCAUCUAGAGGGAGGAAGGUUCAACAAUGACAGAUUUUGAUGCAAAAGCACCACCUCAUUUCGAACCAGUGAUCAGAUACAUUGAUUUGUGUUUGAACCAUACUUGUUCAAUCUUUAUUACCAGGUUUUUGCUCCCACGCCAUCCUGUUGUGAAGAUUUUAUUCAAGGCAUAUUCACAAAUUGUUUAUCAUUUUCAUAGCUAGGCUCCAGCAAAGGUGCAUUGUUCCAAUUCUGUUAUAAAAGUAUUCAUUGCAGAAAACCAGUUGUUUUGGCAGGUUGUCAGCAAUUAAUAUAAAGCUAGCGUUGCCACUUUGCAAAUAUUGAAUAUGAUGAUUCUGCAAGGGGCAUGUACAAUAUUGGUGGUAAUGGAAAUUGAGGUAGUGAGGCAACUCUACAUUGAUCUAGAACCUGCCUCACUGACUAGGGUUAUAGUUGUAACUUGAUGGCAAAAUAUGUCAUAUAAGUUGACAUUACAAUUGCUCUGAAUUAGCCUGUGUUGCUUUCCUGACUCACUAGUUUGUCAUUCAGUUUUAAUGACAUCUUAACUUUUUGUUGAAGAAUGUAGCAGGUUGCUGCUCCUCCCAAAGUUGGUUUAUUUAAUCAGGAGAGUCUGAACAGUUAAGACUUUUGCAUCCAUCCAUAAUACAAGAUUUCCCUCAAAUGGGCUGAAUUUGGAGGUUAUUCCAAUGUGAAUAUUCUGAAUAUUUUUAUAUUACUGAUUUGUCACAUUAUGAUUAUGUACAUUGUAAUGAAAGUAAAUGACAAUUUUUAAAGCCCAUUAAACUUUGCCUUACUAGAUGUGCUGUGGUUUGAGUUCGACUAGUUUGAGCCAAGUGCACAUCUAACUGUACAGUUAUGUUAAUUGUUAUAGAUUUUUGUUAUUUUUAAACAAAAAUAAAUGGCUUCUUUAUA